AUGGAAUUAGCCAUUGGUAUAUCCAAUAGCAGCGCAGUGCCAGACAACAGAAUGUCGGCAAGUUCUAUUUAUAGUAUCACGAGGACUGCAGCCAAAGCUAGGCUCCUUGGCAAUUAUUCAUGGAGACCACGUGACGAUGAUACCAACCCAUGGUUACAAAUAGACCUUGGAGAGAUUUACUACGUGUGUGCUGUGGCUACACAAGGUGACCCGAACGGUAACGAGAGGACAAUAAAGUACAAAGUUGAAGGAUCUAUAGAUGAUCAACAAUGGAUGCCUGUAGAAAACAAAACUUUGGAAAAGGAAAUGGUUUUUACUGGUAACCAAAAUAAUUCAACAAGUAUCAUCAAGCAUUCCUUGCCAAGUCCUCUGACAGCUAGAUUUGUACGGUUCUAUCCUGUAGAAAAGAUUGAAGCACACGCCCUUAGAGUGGAAAUAUAUGGUGUUACCAAAGUACCAGCUUCACCGAUACCACCACCGAUAGGGAACAAAGAACUGCAUCCCAGUCACGGUUCGCAUGCAGACUUGGUGUGCAGAUCAGAAAGAGGACUGAGCAUCAAAUGGUACCAUAACGAUACAGACAUUACAAGUUACUCUAACGGUACAGUAAGAACAGGAUCAAUACUCAUAUCAACACUACGUGUAAACUACACAUCAGCUGAGGAUGUUUAUGACAAAUAUUCUUGUGACGCAACGAAAAUGUACUGUACCAGUUUGGACUACAUUUGCCAAGUCGAUUAUGGUUCAUACAGAAAACUGCAGAGCAGAGGAAGAGUUAAGGUCAGGCUUGGCAUGGAGGUUGGUAAGUAUUGGAUGAUAGCCAACUCGGCCCA